GUGCCAGCUUGAUGUAGCAGCAAGUACUCCGAGGAGUAAAACAAGAACGAUUAAAGGAUGAAACGAAAGCGAAAGGACCGUCCAAACUUCCAUUUGGAUGAAAUAGGACUUGACUCCAGCGAGUGGAACAUGUUUUGGAUGGGAAAGUGUUGGAUGUUAAUCGUUGUUUUGGCCGGUGUCCUCCCUCAGCCCGGCGGUGGCGUGCACGUGUUUGUGCGCGAGCAGAAGAAGUACGCGGUGUUGUUCCAGGUGGCGGUGCUGCCGUGUCAGUACACCAGCGUGUCGGUGCGCACACCCGUGGUGCAGUGGGUGUACAAGUCGUACUGCCGGGACACCACGCCGGACUCCUUCAGCGUCCAGGACGGUCCGAGUGGAGGUGUGGGAGGAGGAGGAGGCGGAGUCACGUGGGCGAAUGGCGCCACUUACCUGGACUGCGCCGACAGCAGCCGCACCGUCAGAACCGUGGCCUCCCUUCUCGGAUCCUCCGUCACGCUGGCAGAGUACUACAAGGACCGAGACAUCUCCAUCAUCAACAAGGCGGACCUGCGCAUUGCAGACGUGCAGUGGGGGGACAGUGGUGUGUACAUCUGCCAGGUGGUGAUAGCCGACGACCUGGAAGGAGAGAAUGAAGCGUCUGUGGAGCUGCUGGUUCUUGGCUUGUCAGGUGUGCCUGGAGAUCUGCUCCCAGGCUUUGAGUGGAAGAUUAUGCCAGAGUGGGUGUUUGUGUGUGCAGUGGUGGUGGGCAGUGUGUUGCUCCUCCUGCUGGUGGGGGUGUGCUGGUGCCAGUGUUGUCCUCACUCCUGCUGUUGCUACGUCAGCUGCUGCUGCUGUCCUGACACCUGCUGCUGCCCCCGACACCUGUACGAGGCGGGGAAGGGAAUCAAGACUCAGACGCCUGCCUUCACUCCUGCCUUCACUCCAUACUUUGUCUCUGGUGUCCCAGCCAUGGUGCCCAUAGCUCCACCUUCCCUGGUGCCCAUAGCUCCACCUUCCCUGGUGCCCAUAGCUCCACCUUCCCUGGUGCCCAUAGCUCCACCUUCCCUGGUGCCCAUAGCUCCACCUUCCCUGGUGCCCAUAGCUCCACCUUCCCUGGUGCCCAUAGCUCCACCUUCCCUGGUGGACAACAUCACACCUUCUAAUGGCAGUCUACUCUCUGCAGGUCCAGUCCAAGCUGCAGGAGCUUCCUGCCAUCAGGACCAGCAGGACUCUCUGAGGGUUCUUCAGUAUGUGGAGAACCAACUGGCUCACUUCAGUCCUGCCAGGUCCAGCAGCCAUCAGUCUUGCGCUCAGUCAGAGCUGAGUUCUCUCCACGAAGGAGACACAACUCUCCACCACAACCUCCGACAUGUCCACAAGAAAACACUUCCUGUCCGAGACGAGCGCCCUCAGCCUGAAGCCAGGCGAUACCGGGACGACACUCCUUCUUCACCUCGCCGUUACCAUGACGACACUCCUUCUUCACCUCGCCGUUACCAUGACGACACUCCUUCUUCACUUCGCCGUUACCUUGACGACGCUCCUUCUUCACCUCGCCGUUACCAUGACGACACUCCUUCUUCACCUCGCCGUCACCCCGAGCACCCCGAGUCAGAGCCCCGUCACAACGUGGAGGACGUCACGCCACCACGCCGCUACAGUGAUGACCCGCCUCCCUCAUCUACGUCUCGCAGGCACGGCCGUAAUCACCAGCAGCACAGCCACAGUGACGACUAUCCUCACCUCAGGUGGAACCCUGGAUCAGAACACCUGCACAGGUGGAACCCUGGAUCAGAACACCUGCACAGGUGGAACCCUGGAUCAGAACACCUGCACAGGUGGAACCCUGGAUCAGAACACCUGCACAGGUGGAACCCUGGAUCAGAACACCUGCACAGGUGGAACCCUGGAUCAGAACACCUGCACAGGUGGAACCCUGGAUCAGAACACCUGCACAGGAAGGAGUAUCAGGGCGCAGGAAGGAGAUCAGUGGAGGAGUUAGGCAGCAGAAGGGAGCAUGAAGACCAUGGAACAGAACUUGAGGAGUUCAGUCGCCAUCCUUCCUCCCCACAUGCUCCUCCUCCUCUGCGUUGCUACGACGACCACCAGCAGCCGGGAGACUUUGGUGACGAGCGACAUAGGAGACACAGGAAAACGGAACGCGACAUAAGUCCACUUCCCUCCCCCACAAAGAGGCGGGGCACCUGGGGCGCCGAGCGCUCGGCCCCGCCCCCUGCCGACGACGACGGAACAUUCCUGAAGCGCCUGUUGGAGCGCAAGGCCACGUUACGAGGGGCGGACCACGGGAGGAGCCAGGACUUGGACACGCCCUCCAAGAGGAGUGGGGAGGAGUCAGGCCCACGCCGGAGCAGGUUGCCUAGCAACCGACCUGAAGCGGAUACAGCUGACAGACCUUCACCACGAUGCACCCUCACUCCUUCACCCCUCACUCCUUCACCCCUCACUCCUUCACCCCUCACUCGGAGAGAGGGCGGCAGAGACAAGUCUCGUAAAGUGAGUACUCUUCUCAGCCGGGAUUCCCUCAUCGUCUGAUUGGCUCACGGCGGUCAUGUGACUGGACGGGAAGCUAUGGUACUGACUGGAACUGGUACGCUUCAAAGACCCUCCUUACUGAUGAUGUCAUCGCUGCCUGGUUUGUGUUGCUGAAGCACACACACACACACACACACACACACACACACACACACACACACACACACACACACACACACACACACACACACACACACACACACAGCUGGACCAAUGUGGGCUUGGUGUAUAACCUGGAAUGUCCCCACCCCCUUCAGAGGAUGCACAGCAGUGCAAGUAGCUUUAUGAGUCAAACACAAUGAGAGCUUUCAUGAUUGCUGCAGGAGUGGACAAUACGUGACAUGAUGUCAUCAACAUUACGUGACAUGAUGUCAUCAACAUUACGUGACAUGAUGUCAUCAACAUUACGUGACAUGAUGUCAUCAACAUUACGUGACAUGAUGUCAUCAACAUUACGUGACAUGAUGUCAUC